GUCAUUGGGGGGGAGGCUGUUUCCUCCAAGGGUGUUACUAAGACGAAACCACAGUGUUUACAAGAAAGGCGCAGUGUAGUCUUUUAGUCUGUCAUUGCAAUAAUUCCGAGAAGGAGCGACAGAGGUUUUAAAACCAUACUACACAAGGAAGACAUGCAGUCACGAAAACCCGAGAUGAGCGCGUUUUAUUUUCUAUGGACUUUACUCUCAACUCUUUGGAUUGCAGGGAGUGAGAUGCAUAACACAGAUUUAAGAUCAUAUACCAUCAGUGCUGGUCUUGCAUUUAAGCUUGAAUGCAGUGAAAUGCAGAAUAUGAGCUGGAGGCGUGUUCCUGAUCAGAGGCUGGAAAGCAUCAGCGGAAUAAACAUUCGUGGAAACGCGCUAUGGUUUCUACCUGCUAACCUCUCCCACAGCGGAUCCUACUCCUGUCUCAGCAGAAUUGGCAAUGAAACCUGGAAAACAAUAUUUGAAGUCUCCGUUGAAAAUAAAACAUGCCCCAGUUUGAACAGAAAAGACGAAGUAAUGAGCACAAAGGAAAUCACUUGUUUGCUUCCUUACAUCUUUGAGAUCGACCCUCAGGCUCAAGUGACCUGGAGAAAUAACUGCCACCCACUCAAUGUGACAAACAGUAAGGUUUUCCCGAUAAACAGAUCCCGAGACAUGAUUGGACUCUAUACAUGCUUUGUGAGCUUUACUUUUGAAGGGCAGAAUUACUCUGCUGCCCAGACUACAAAAGUCUACAGCCUCUCUAUGGAUUAUGUGGUGACAAAGCCUGAAAUGAUCUACCCAAAAGAUGAAACACAAAAAGUAAAACUUGGUGAAAGUUACACACUGAACUGCAAAGCUCUUGUUGGGAAGAACGACGAUGGAGAAACUUUGAUCUACUGGCAUAAAGGCUUAAAACUUCUGGACUACAACACAAGCAUUGUGAAAGAGGGGGAGCGGGAUUACCUGCUGUCUGUUGUAUACAUCCCAGAAGUCACAGAAGAAUAUUUAUACACUAAUUUAACCUGUGUGGUUCAACACCCAGCAGGUUCGGCUUUUGGAAGAGUCUUUCUUAUUCCUGCGAGUCAAAAUGAACGUUAUUACUGGAUCGGUCUUGGUCUGGUGGCUCUGCUCAUAUUACUGUGUGCCGUUGUGUUUCUUUUUAGAGUCGAUCUGGUUCUGGCUUACAGGGCUGUUAGCUCAUCUGCUACCAAAAGCAGUGAUGGCAAGUGGUACGAUGCGUAUGUGAGUUACCUCCAUGGUGUUCAACACGGCUCAACUUCUGCAGCUACAUUUGCAUUGGAUUUCCUUCCCGCGGUUUUGGAGGACCUUUAUGGUUACAAACUCUUUAUCAGCGGUCGUGAUGAACUUCCUGGGGAAGCGGUGCAUGAAGUCAUUGCUAACACAAUGAGCCGAAGCAGAAGGCUGAUCAUUGUUCUUACAUCACAGAGCUGUGUGUUACCUCAAACUGACACCACCAAGAGCAUUUUACCAGAUAAACUCCCCAUAUCAGAUCAUGAUGUGCAACUGAAAGCAACAAACACUUCCUCUGACCAGAUAUGGGCCUCUUACGAGCAACGGGUGGGUCUCUAUGACGCUUUAGUGAAGCAGGGUCUGAAAGUCAUCCUGGUGCAGGUGGAGGACGGGGUUGAAGAGGCUCUGCUGCCCGAAUCUUUGCGUUACAUCAUCCGCACCAAAGGCAUCCUCAGAUGGAGGCAGAAUGCCGGUCAUUGGGGGAACAGAAGCUUCUUGAAACACAUGCGCUAUCAAAUGCCUCCAGCGAAGCGGCGGAAGAGCCAAGAGCUGAUGGUGAUUUGAGAUCUCUUCGACCACGGAAACAUUCUACACAAAUACGUGAACUCGUUAUGAAGUGUGUAUUGAUAACACGACUCAAGAAAGACAAGAACGCACACUUACAUUGAAAAAGGAUACUAAAUUUAGUAAGUGGUUGCAAACAAUUUAUUUUAGCUACGUUUAAAAAGAAUGUUGAAAGUUAGUCAACUAAAUUGGUUUAUUUAAAUGUAGCUAAAAUACAUUGAUUGCAACCACUUUAAAAAAAUAAGUAAAUUCAAAUUAAUCUUUAAUCAGAAGACCUCAGAGGCGGGGCAAGCGCUUCCAGGUUUUGUUUACAGUAGCAAGUUGGCAUGGCAACUGUUUUAUUUUACGGAACAUGGCGGAGGAAAAGUUUUGGCUUUUAGUAUGAAUAUGUUAGCCUUAAUGUUAUCUCUAAGCUAGUGUGCUAGUGACAAAAUUAAGAUUUACAAGAUAUAAGCACUCAAAACUCACUUUGGCCAGUAUGGAUCAACGCUUUUGAUGACAUUACCCUGUACUUCAGCUUCCUGUCAAACUUUUUGUUCAAUCAAAUGCUAGAAUCUGAAGCAUACCACUGCCUAUAAACAGAUGCUGAAGCUGAAAUCGGACACUUAUUCAAAGAUUUUGUAUUUUCUGUACGGUGAACGAGGAUAGGAAAGGAUUCAGGUGUAAAUAUGCUUUCCGUUGCAUUCCUUUACCAAGCUCAAUGGCUCUAGCCCAAGCUGUGAUAUAAAUGAGUGUUAUUUGCUAUUUUUAAAAAAAGGGGGUAGGGCUACUUGAUAUGUCCCGUCCUGUCUUCCUGUUUCUGUUAAAAUGAGGUCAACACAUAGAAUAACGCUGCACAUUUUAAAGCUAUUCAGUGGACCAUUCCUUGCGUUUUUAGAUGCAAAGACGUGUUCUGUGUGAACGCUGAAAAGACAGGCGAUGCAAGUUAGCAAUUAAAAUAAAAUAAAUGAAUAUAGAAGUGUUUUUUUAAUAGAACAAUAUAUUUUUUAAAUAAAUUUCCUCAAUUAUUUUUAUAUUUUAUAUUCUUUUGUUAAUGCGGCAACAAGUGCAUAUGCUGUUGGGUAUUUUGUGUUACAGUUACAGAGUUUCUACUUUUUUAUUUGUUUGUUUUUUAUUAUUUAUUAUGAAUGAUUAUUAUUCCUAUUUUAUUUUUUCCUGAAUUAUUUAAUACAUUAAAAAUAUUUAAAACUUUUACAAGUGGUAUUGUGACUACAGUUGAUGUCAGAUAUAAUAUUGUUAAUGUUUUUUGGGUUUUCAUUAAAAAAUAAAUAAAUAAAAACAUUCACUGAUU